CUUUAUUGGGUUUUUUUGCAUCUCAAACUUCCGGAAAAGAAUAAAACCGGCUUUUGUGUGAUUUUUGCAAAGAAUCGUGGGCAGUUUUACUAAAGAUUCCCGUGAACAAUGUCAACUGCAGCGGAAAUGGAUCCCACAAUAAGAAAUGCCAUCAAAUUGGUCCACUCUUCAGGCUCCGAUUCUGCUGAGAAGAUUCGCCAGACUCUGGAUGAGCUGAUUAAGAGUCGUUUCAGCUCUAGCAAGAUGCUGGUGAAUGUGCUGAGCAAGAAGCAUUUGGCGGAAGAGACAACAGCUACUGGGAGUGGUACUGCCACGCAUCCUCCACAUCAGCGAAGACAUCGCUCCACAGACUCCAAUUCCAAGUCUUCUAGUAGCAAGAGUAGCUCAUCAAACUCUUCUGUGUCUGCCCUGGAGGUUGCAACAGCCAUCCCGAUUGAUACACCAAUAAUGGUGGAGCUGGAAACUCUCGAUGAGGACACAAUAAUGGAAGAUGAUCAGCUGAAGGAACUCGAGGAGCUCGUCUGUGUGGUUUGUCGGCAGGUGGAUGUGAGUUUCCGAAAUCGUCUGGUUGAGUGUGCCGAUUGCCACUCGCUGUACCACCAGGAAUGUCAUAAGCCCCAGAUUUCUGAGUCAGACGCCAAUGAUCAGGAGAAUUCGUGGAUUUGCGUUCUCUGCAAAAGCAAGGAGAUCUCCAAACCAGCUCCAGCACCAAUUGUCACUCCACCACCACCACCAAUACCAUCUCCACCACCACACAAAUCAUCCAGUUCAUCUUCAUCGUAUAAAUCCUCAAGCAAAUCUCACGAAUCUUCCUCCAAGAGCAAGUCAAAGAGCACAAGUAGUUCGUCGUCGAAGCAAAGCUCCCGGGAUAGUAGCUCAAGCAGCUCCAAGGAGUCAUCUAGCAGGGAUAAAUCCUCUUCAUCUUCAUCGUCCUCCAUGACGCCUAAGAUUAACAUAAUCAGCGCAGACAAGAGGAUUCAGAUCAUGAAGAAGAAAGCCAAACUCAACGAAGGGAAGAGGAAGCACAAAUAAGUUCUCCGUGCCUCGAUAUUACGCAGAAGAGGCCACCUUUUUCGGUUGAGUCGCGAGCACCAUCUCCGGACAUUGCUUUGGCAAUAUGUGAAUGGUACAUGGACCAGAUUGGUGGUUAGACGAUGUGAGAAGUGUGCAGUGAUUGUGCUGGUACGUGAAAAUAUCGAUAACUCAUCUCCUGCGAGUGUGAAAUUUUCCUCCAAAAAUAACAGAGAAUAAAAAAAGAGAUAUAUUGUGUGGCGAGUGUGGUAAAAAAAGGUGAAGGUGGAGACAAACAAGGACGCUCGCAUCGGAGAAUAAUGUCACGGCGCCUCCAUCGGGUGCGGAGUCUCGAGAAAAAUCAAUGCUGAGCCAAGAGAAACAGCUGAUUGCGGAUGGCAACAAAAGGCAUAGGUAGGAAUCAUUAUUUCCAAUUAUAUACAUUUUUAAUGAUCCCCAAAGCAAAGUCAAGCGUAAUUGGCGUCGUGUGGUUGAUAGUUUGAGCGCACAGCACACAAUUUGCCGAAGGAAAUUCCAUUCAGUACUCUCGGUAUCAUUUAAAUGACGACGCACAAAAGGGGGAUGAACUAAAUGGGGCGCUUUUCCUCUGUCUGAUUAAUCAAAGGGAUUGCCAAAGGAGAGAGCAUUGGCAAAAAAAGUGAUUCAGAGAGUAAAGUGGAAGUGAAAAUUCAGUGAGUAGGAAAAUGUGUUGACGAUCUCAUGGGAUAAGGUAUUAUUCUGCAUGAGUGAUUCCAUUGAACGAAAUAAAGUAAUGUACAUAUCUACAUAAAAAAAGUAAACCCCAUCUGCAAUAUAUAUGUACGUACAUAUAUAGUCAAUAAGUUAAUGAGAAGCCCCCGGAUCUUUGCGGUAAAACUUGGAAUGCUCAUAAAAAUAUUUUCUUGAGCAAGGUCAGCACGAUAUUUGGAAAUAUCACUCUUUUGGUGGGAAAACUACUAUGUAUACAUAUGUAUGUAGGUAACUCUUUCACUGGAAACGGAUCUAUCCAUAGCUAAUUUCGGUUCAACAUGAUUUACCAAUAAAUUUCAAUGUCCGUCGUCAGAUUUACACUGUGUAGCGAAAUUUUUGCUGAAUUGCCCAAAAAUGGACUUGAAAUGCGUUCAAGAAAUUCAAUAAAAGAAAUUAAAUUUUAUUUGUCAAGUUUACACAUUGUACAACAUAAGCUUAAAAUUUUCAAGAGCAUACAUAACUCUUUAAAAGAAUAGAUUCGGUUUGAGAAAGAUCAAGAGAAGUUCUAUACACGAAAUUUCAAGAAUAUUGAUUGAGAUUUGACUUUGCUAGACUACAUAUUUUGAAGAGUCCAUAAGGUUAUUUCCUUCGUUAUUUUUAGAAUUCUUUCCAACAAUUAGUAAGAAAUUUAAUAUCUGGGUUUAUAAGGUUCCAGAAAAUUAAAUAAAUUCACCUAAAACUUUAGAUUCUAAUAAGUUUGUUCAUUGUACUAUUAAUUAAUUUAUUUUAUUUUAUUGAGCGCAUAAAAAUGGCAUAAUAGGUUUUUCUUUUCACAAAAGCACAAUAGAUUCGAUUAAAGAAAGAAUUUUGGAACUUCUAAAAUUUAGAACUUCAUAAUUAAAAAAAUCGUUUUAGAGGAUAGUUUUCGCGAAAAUAUUGAAGUCAAACUUCGAAAAAAAUGCUUUAAAAAUAAUUCUUUGUCAUAUUUGAGUUAAAAUUGAAGUAAAAUGAGUAAAAUCAUAUGUAGAGCACGUUUCUAAAAUAAGUACUUUACGGUUAAAUAAAUAUAGUACAUAAGAAAGGAGAACUAAUCAGUUUUACGACCCGAUCUUUCCUCACAUUUCUCAUAAUUUUGCCGGUGGGAGACUAUAAAAAUUCAUAUUUCUUUUACGUUCCUGUCAUAUUUAUAUUUGGCCAUAAACCUGCAUCUAUGAAAUUCUUCAAUUAACUCUAUUUGUGAAGAAUUUGUCACGUAGCUCAUCUUUGUUUAUAUUUAUUAUUUGGCUACAUUAUUAUUAAUGUUCCAAAUUAGUCUUUCAAUUAAGAAUAAGAUGAAUAUUUUCACGUUUUAUUGGUUCUAAUUAAAAUAGUAAUAAAAGUUCUUCCAAAAAUAUCGACCUCUUCGUAUUCUUAAAAUUCAGAGCUGAUUGUGAAGUAUUUAAUAACUUUUUGGAAUUCCUUAUCACCAUGACUUGUUUUAUUACACAAGUCCAUUAAAUUCCUUAAUUUUUUUUUAUGUUUUGAUUUUUUUUUAUAUUUUAUCUCUCCGUAUUUAAAAUUAAUAUUGAACACAACUUUUUCAAUGAAUCGGAAUAAAUUAAAUGACUUUUUUUUUGGUUUCUUCAAUAAAUACCGCGAUUGGUUAUUUUUUUUUUCAUUUUUCUUAAUUUUAAGAGCCUCCAAAAUUCUCAUUUAAAGGGUUAGUGAACUCAUUCGGCAUAGAAAACUUUUUUUUUCUGAAAAUUAAAAUAUUUUUUCUUGUAGAGGAUUCUUUUAAUCUGUCUUUAGGAAUAGAAUAAAAUUUCUUCAACACUCCUUUAAAUAAUUUAUCAUCAAACUUUCGUUGCACAGUGUAAGACAUUCUCUGAAGCGUUGAAAAUAAAAUUUCCUUACAUGGAGAGAUCUUCAUUUGUAAAAUUAUCAUACAAUUAAUAAUUAAUUAAAUCUCUCCGUCACUUGUAAAAGCAAAGAAUUAAUGAGAAAUUACUAAAAGCCAUCCCCAGGCUUAUUUUCUGAUCUUGCUGAGAUACAUCAUACUCUCUGUGUCUCUCUCGGAUAAAUUACUUGAUUACAUUACUGGCCUUCCCUUCUGGGUUUCCCAGUCGAGCUUGCGUAAUGAAAUUAUGCAAACCACUGAUGCUGGGAUUUCAUAUACGGAUAUACAUAUGUACGAUAUGUAUAAUCUCUCGAGUCACCCUGUUAUGUGUGAAAAACAUAAUAAAUUUAAUUUUUUUUUCGUUAAAAAAAAUCCACGACCUUUGAAUACAUGCAAUGAAUACGUAAUUCAACGCUGUGGCGAUAAGGCUCCCAUCAAAUUGCCGCAAGUAUUGAAAAUAACAUUUUCUCUCUCUUCUAAAUAAAUUCGUAAUUUGCUUUCUUAUCUCUAAUCAACUUCAAUUGCACGCGAAAAAUUUAUACCAUUCGCCAAGGGAAUAAAUAAUAAUAUAGAUUCGCUUUUGGGACCACGAAAAAAAAAACGAGAAAUAAAACAAUAUAUUUGCGCGUUCUUUUCCUAUUCCACAUUCUCUCUGAUGUGAUGGAUAAAAAAGAAUUACAUGUCAAUAUAAAAUUAUAUGUAUGUAGGUAUACAUAGCAUGCGGAUGGGGCUUUUUGAUUAAGGAACACAAAUGUGUCGUGUGCUGUACAUAAUAAGGAAAAAUUUCUUUAUACCAUAAUUUGCUUAAUACACAAGAAUUUUCGUCAAAGGCCAUUAUUUUUUCACAAAAGUGCCAAAUUUAGCGCUUACAUAAGCUUAUAUGGGGUGUUACAUGUUGUACCUACGUAUAUGGAUACAAAAAAAAAAGAGAAGAAAACUACAAUGGAAUUAUACAACACGCCACAUCUCCAGAAAAAGUAUAGAAUUAAAGUGAAUAAAUACAUAAAUCAAUAUGAGAUUGUAAUUCAAAUUGUACUUUUAUUAGCGGCAAGGAGAGAUAUCUCUCUCUUAGAUUUUUUUCUUAAACUCUACAGAUAGAGCCGAGAUGCUGGCUAAUAAUAUUUCCACACAGAGAGUGUUUGUGUGCACGAAUGGAGGAGCGUAAUUACUAUUUUAGUAGUGUAUUCCACAUAUAAUUAAGUCGCCUUCAUGUUCGAUAAUUUAAAUUUGAUUUAUUGUUGGAGCACCAUACAGAAUAAAGCGCUUCAUUCACUGUUCUGCUCUUUUCAGGCUCUCAGGUGCAAUUUGCCUUCGUCCCGAG